CAGCCGAGCUUCCCUGUUGAUGCGCCCUCUUGUUCCUUUCUGCUCGGGCACCAGGGACUUCUCACCCACAUGCUGUAGCAGGCACUUACCUCGGCAGAUGGGUUUGGGGCUUCCAAAUGGCCUGUUCUCAAGCCUGCAGCAUGGUCUGCGCCGGUUUACAACUCCAGGAACCGCCAGUCUGUGAGAGUUCCUGUUAUCCAACUUCAGCGCUAGGGUUAAGUGCGUCGGCCUUUAUCCAUUAGAAAGCCUACGAUGGCUACAGAGGCGAAGACCCCGUUGGCUGAACAUCCACUGAUGAGUCCCAGAUCCCUUAGAGGCCGAUGGAGGACGGCACCGAAAACUCAGGGGCCUGGUCAGCGAAAUCCUCAGAGGGUCCCGGGGCAGAGCGUCUUGCUUAGCAUAUCCAGAGUCCGUCUCUUCUCCAGAGGGACUCCCUUCAGCCAGGGCCAACGGGAGAAGGGAAUGCAGACAGCGAGAAGUCCAAGGGCUCAGGUGAAGCCUGAAAAGAAGUUAGGGCACAGCCCAAGGAGCCACGGGCACGGCAGACCACGGAAAGAACUGAUGAUCCCGGGGAUCGUGGAUUUCCAGCUGAUCCAAGCGGCGCUGAGGACCCCCAAGCCCCAAAGCCCCGGGGCCUACCGCUUUGGCCGCCUCAGCCACCACUCCUUCUUCUCCCGGCACCACCCCCACCCACAACACGUGACCCACAUCCAAGAUUUCACCGGGAAGCCCGUCUGUGUCGUCAGAGACAAGUUCUCUCUGGCCCCCUUGCCUCAAGCCACACUCUUAUCCCGCUGUCUGAUGGCGAUGCCCACCAUCCCUGUCCCCAUCGGAGACCCGCAGUCUAAUCGGGACCCCUGGCUUCCUUAUGGACACAGGGCAGAAGGCUGGGGAGAGGCCUGGAAGAAGGAACUGAAGAACCUGGCUUCUCGGGUGGCCGUCUUCACCGAGAACGAGCUGAAGAGCAAAGAGCUACUUUGCUCCCAGCAGAAGGAGGAGCCUCCGCGGGAGCAGGGAGCAAAAUACUCAGCUGAGACCGGCAGGCUCAUCCCCACUGGCACCAGAGCCAUUGGCCACCGUCACUCCCGCCAGGACCCACGGAUUUAUCCCUCUAGUAAAGAUGGAGGAGUCCAGACCUUCAAGCUGCCGGAUCAGGAGCUGCUGAUCCUGGAGCUCCUCUGCCAAAUCCUGCAGACAGACUCCUUGAGCGCUAUCCAGUUCUGGCUACUAUACGCUCCCCCGAAGGAGAAAGAUUUGGCCCUGGGGCUCCUGCAGACAGCGGUGGCGCAGCUCCUUCCUCAGCCCCUAGACUCCAUCCCAGUAGAAAAACUUCUGGAUCAGCUCCAGGAAGGCCAAGAGCCAUCUCAAGAGAGGAAACAGCCACCCUGCAGCCAAUCCUUGAAGAAGACGAAGACACCGCCUCUACCCAAAGGCGACAAACCGGAGUAUGUCGGGAAAGCCCAAGUCCUCCGAAUGCAUUCAAGCCAGAACGCAGCAGAGAAACCGUCAAAGCCAGAGGCAGAAUGCUGAGGAGUCCGAGCCACUUUGCCCGCCCUGCUCAAGAGCAGCCCCCAGGUUCAAGGUUGUUCCCAGCCCUACGGCCUCAACAGCAACCCCGACUUUCCUAUCACAGGGAGCCUAUUAAAAACCUGCCUUCCCUUUAA